AUGAAAACCACAUUUAAACAUGUGGCGUUUUUUCUUAUACUGGCGGUGACAUUUCUCAGUAAGAUAACACAUGCCGUCUGUUUUGAACAAUCACAAAUAACAUCGGGAGAGAUUUAUAUUGAUGAAGUUUGCUAUCAAAGUGUCCUCGAAAUAUCUUCAGCAAAUGUGACACUUGAAACCACUGCAAAUUUGAAAAUAACUUCGACUUUCACAUUGAAAUCUUCAGCUUUAUUUGUCUUACUUAAAAAGGCCAUAUUUACAGCAGGUACUACUACUUUACAGUCGUCUUCUAUUUACAAGCAAUUUGGGAUGUCCUCGUCAGUAUUAAGUGGUGUUACGAUGAAUAAAGCCACCUUUAAUUUGUAUGAUAAUGCCACUUCAGCAAGUACAAGUGACUUCUAUAUCACAAAUUACAGUACUUUAGAACUAUUCAAUUUCUCUGUGUUAAUGACAUCGGGACAAAUUACAACACAAUUAUAUGGACACGUCAUCACACACAACUCUUCUCAACUUAUUACAAAGUCCAAUUUGUAUGUGAUGAUCGAUGGAAUCAUGAAAGUGUAUGACUCCUCCUCGAUUAGUGUUUCUCGUGUUCUUCGUGUCCAUGGGGGAAGUCUUCUGUUAUAUGAAACUACUCAACUCAUUGUGGAGGGAAAUAUCCUUACUAUUAGUUCGGGCAAGAUAACACAGAACGACUGGAGUGUGGUAAGUGCUCCUAUUUUUUAUCUUCAGUCGACGUACACUUUAAACGGAAACUCAGUGAUGAACUGCUCGGGUGUAGUAUAUGUCGAUUCCUCUCUGACACUUAACGAGAAGAGUUUGAUAUCUGCUCAAAUAAUUUCAGUCUCGAGUUCCGGUAUAAUUCAAUUGAACAGUAACAACUCCAUUGUAUCUCUUGUUGUGACAAAUUUGUUGUGCGACUCGGGAACUAUAAAUAUAGUUGGAUGGAAUUCUAUAGAAUCGGAAAAUGUGACAGUCCCGUCGUGUAAAGUCACUGUAUCCCCAAGAUCUUAUGUGAACGUCCCAUUGUUUGUCACAAAAAUAAUUGAUUUGACAUCAGUCACUGUUACUUCCUCACAAAACUUCAUCUUUGCUGUUGCUAAAAAGGGAGACGUACUAACAGUCCUGGGAAUCACUUCAAAAUUCAAAUUAAUUCAAAAUAACCAAAUUUUGGCUUAUGGUGGAACUCCAACUUCAUUUUACUGUCAUUUCUCAGAAUUAAAAUUUUCAUCUGCAAAUUUCGUGGAACCGUUUUGUCCGUGUGAAACAGAAACGUGCUACUUUGCACCGAUUUCAUCUGUUAUGGAAUUUGACAAAAUAUAUAGCACUUUUUAUAAUGAAGCAAACAAUUAUUUAACUUUAAAACGUGUCGACAAAAAUGAAGUAAAAUGUGACGAAGUACAAAAUGUGAUUUUUCUCAAUAACACAAAAUUGUCACUCACAAAUGUAAACACUUUUGAAGUUAAAAUUGAGGUGUUUGAGUUGGUCACUUUUUCAUUUUCAACACUCACUGUUCCUGUUCUCAUCCACUCUGUACAAGCUUUUAGUUACAAAGGCAUGUUAUGUGAUUAUGGGCUUGCUCUUGGUACACAAUUUACGUGUUUACAUCGAGUUUCUUGUUCUUCUGGUGCUUUUGAUAGUGUCAACAAAACAUGUGUAGCAUGUCACGAUCCCAAUUGUUACCGAUGUGAAAAUGAUAAUAUCACAAAUUGCAUUUUCUGUGACAAAAAGAGCAUUUUGAGAGAUGGGAAAUGUGUCGUUGAUGAUCAUUGUGUAUUAGCUGAUGGUCACGGAUGCUUGAAAUGUGCGGAUGGCUAUGAAAAUGUGUAUGACGGGUGUAUUGAAUCAGACGACUAUUGUCAAUUUCGCAGUGUUACAAAUACAGAAAUUUGCGCAUUUUGUUCCCCACUACAAAAUGUGAUCAACGAAAAUGGCAAAUGCGUUCAAUUACCAUCAAAUGCUUCAAUUUUCACGCCCGAACACAUCGUCGCGUGCUCACAAGGAUUUUUCCUGCACGACACAAAAUGUGAUUUGUGUGACACACUCACAGAAAGUUGUGUGUUCUGUUCCUCACAUUGUGAAAAGUGUGACAGUGGAUAUUCCCUUCUUUCAAAUUACACGUGCAAAUCAGAAAAGUGUCACACCACUGAAACAGCAGAUGUGAGUGGGCAGUGUGUUACACUAAUUUCCGGCUGCUCCUCUCUUUCACAAGAAAAGUGUUUGUUAUGUUCUCCUGAUACUUAUCUGUGGAGUGACCAGAUUUGUAACAUCUCGACUAAUACUGUAUGUGACUUCCACACGACGUCUGGGUGUUAUAGAUGUACAGGUGGGUAUUACCUUAAUGAUUCUAAUAAUUGUCUGCCCUGUGACUCGGAGUGUCUGACGUGUUCGACGACUUCUCUGAAUUGUACAUCCUGUCCAGUGGGGAAAUAUCUUAGUCAAAAUAGGUGUCAGUCAAAUGACAAAUUGACUAAGAGUUGCAAGACGUUUUCGAUAUUUGGAAAUGGGUGUUAUGAAUGUCGAGAUGGGUAUUAUAGAAUCGGUCUUUCGUGUGAAAUGUGUGCGAUUGAAUGUGGGACGUGCAGUAACGAGAAUUCGUGCAUCACGUGCAACUCAACUAAUUUCCGAACAGAAGAAUUUGAGUGUGUUCCUCGGAGUGUUAUUCAAGGUUGUGCAAAUGAAGUGGUGCAUUCGGGGUGUACGAGCUGCAAGAGUGGAUACUACAUAUACAAAAGUAAUCAGUGUCAGGCGUGCGUUGAUCCUUGUUUCACAUGUGAGUCUGCAAGUAGGUGUACAUCGUGUAGAUCUCAAUAUGUUUUAUCAAGUCAUCUCUGUGUGUAUUUCUCAAACAUAAGUGGGUGUUUAAAAGCAGAGGACUCAAAAUGUGCGAGGUGUUCCUUUUGGCAUAAGCCCAGCGUGAAUGGGGUGUAUUGCCAAAAAUCCGCCGUGUGGUGGGUCAUAGUCCUAUUUAUACUAUUCUUAUUGGUAAUUGUAACUAUAGUGAUUCUAGUAAUAAUUCUAGUAAUAAAACUAUUACUUAAUAGAUUGAGAAACAAGUCGGUUCUUGGGCAAAUGACAAUAUUCAAGAUGAGUCGUUCCAACAUCAAGUUUACGGAGGUUGUCAAAGGGAUCAGUGUAAGUAAGACGACCAUUGACCUUAAUGAAGAUGUUCCAGAAUUUCCCGUAUGUGAAGAGACAAGACACCUGUUUUGUGUGGGCAACAGCAGCAGUCGUGUUGCGAAGUAUCAGAUCUUAAAAAAGAGUGAGGAAAAGAUACGAUUUCGAGUUAUACCGGAGGUAGUGACGCUUCGGAAAGGAGAGGCGUGUGAGUUUGAGAUAUACAUCACGGCGCGGUACACGUGUACAAUAGAUAGUAUAUUUAUACUAUUCAUGAAACUAUAUCACAGCAACAAAGAGAAGAAAAUCUCAAUCACGCUGAAAGGCGAAACGCUGCUCUCAUCGAGAUUAGACCCGAACGAGAUUCAAGAAGAGAAGAAAUUGGGGGAAGGAGGUUUUGGGAUAGUCUUCUUGGGACAUUACCGAGGGAAUACCGUUGCAGUGAAAAGGAUGAAACAGUCCGACGGAACCAAAGAAGCUUAUAAUGAGUUUCAACUGGAAGUUAUUAUGCUUGAAAAGUUCCGCAGCGAGUAUAUAGUGUAUUUCUAUGGUGCAGUGUUGGUUAGAAAAAGACUUGCGAUAGUAACGGAAUAUGCGCCAUACGGGAGUUUAAUGGAUUUAAUGAAGAAAAAAAGAGAGGCGCCAAUAUGUGAGAAAAUGAAAAGGAAGAUUGUGUAUGACGGAACGAAAGGAAUAAUGUAUUUACACAUGAAUGAUAUCUUACAUCGUGAUAUUAAACCAGAUAAUCUCUUAGUUGUUUCAUUGGAAAGUAAUAUCGCAGUCAAUGCCAAACUGACUGAUUUCGGGUCGAGUCGAAAUAUUAAUAUGUUAAUGACGAACAUGACCUUCACCAAAGGAAUUGGCACACCCGUGUAUAUGGCUCCCGAGAUCCUCAACAAACAGAAGUACAAGAAGCCCGCAGACAUCUUUUCAUUCGCAAUUACCAUGUAUGAGUGCUUUGGGUGGCAAGAGGCUUACCCCUCUACCAUUUUUGUAUAUCCAUGGGACAUCGCCGAUUUUGUGAAUGCUGGAAAUCGAAGACCAAAAUUGGAGAACAUGGAGCAAGAUAUGUAUGACCUCAUUAAAAAGUGUUGGUCAGAAGAACCAUCUGACAGGAUCACAAUAGAAUCUCUUAGAGAUGCUCUUGAACCACUGUUGUUAGUGUAA